AUGGCAGAUGUGGACCCAGGUACUUUGCUGGAAUGGCUGCAGAUGGGACAGGGAGAUAAAAGGGACAUGCAACUAAAAGCCCUUGAACAGCUAUGCAUGCUGCUUUUGAUGCCUGGCAACGUGCAUCGUUGCUUUGAAACAUGUCCUCCUCCAACUUUCUUACCAGCUCUCUGUAAAAUUUUUCUUGAUGGAAGUGCUCCAGACAAUGUAUUAGAAGUGACAGCCUGUGCCCUAACAUACUACCUGGAUGUAUCUGUGGAAUGUACUCGAAGGAUUGUUGGGGUAGAUGGAGCUAUAAAAGCACUUUGUAAUCGGUUAGUUGUAGUUGAACUUAACAACAGGACUAGCAGAGACUUAGCUGAACAAUGUGUAAGGGUAACAGAACGGAUAUGUACUCGUGAGUCGGGAGCAGUCUUUGAGGCUGGGCUUUUGAAUUGUGUGCUUCCCUUCAUUCGUGACAGUGGACAUCUAGUUCAUAAAGACACCUUGCACUCUGUCAUGGCUGUGGUAUCAAGACUCUGUGGCAAAAUGGAGCCUCAAGAUUCUUCUUUAGAAAUUUGUGUAGAAUCUCUGUCUAGUUUAUUAAAACAUGAAGAUCAUCAGGUUUCAGAUGCAGCUCUGCGAUGCUUUGCAUCACUGGCUGACUGAUUUACCUGUCGUGGUGCUGACCCAGCUCCGUUAACCAAGCAUGGAUUAACCGAGGAGCUGCUCUCUCCAAUGGCUGCUGCCGGAGGUACUGUAUCAGGACCAUCAUCAGCAUGCAGACUGAGUCGCAGCACCACAGAAGCUCCUACCACAACUGCAGAUUCCAAAUUGAGUAAUCAGAUGUCAACAAUUGUAAGUCUGCUCUCAACACUUUGCAGAGGCUCUCCGGUAGUAACACAUGAUCUCCUGAGGUCAGAGUGUCCAGAUUCAAUCAAAAGUGCAUUGCAGGGUGAUGAAAGAUAUGUGCUUGAUACUAAGCGUUUGGUUGACCUUCUCUUGGUGCUGCUAUUUGAAGGACAAAAAGCUUUGCCAAAGUCCAGUGCUGGAUCUACAGGCAGAAUCCCAGGACUCCGGAGAUUAGGUAGUUCUGGAGAGCGCUCACAUCAGCAGCUUAUAGAUUGUAUUCGAAGUAAAGAUACUGAUGCACUUAUUGAUGCAAUUGACACAGGAGGUCAGAAAAUGUUUUUUUGA